AACCCCCGGCAGCAUCAUCGCCAUCAUCAGGGACACACGCAAACACAGGCGGCGGCGCAGGUUUAAACUUGAACACUGCACGGCGACCACGGGGAACACUCCUGCAUGAAGACGAGGCCAUGGACGACGAGGGGGCAGAGAGCAAUGCUAAAAAGGUCCUCCUUGGUACUUCUUUACACCUGGAUACUUCACUACGCUCUCUUGAGAUGCCAAAGAUUGAAGAUUUCCAGUUUCUCAAACCAAUUAGUCGUGGAGCCUUUGGGAAGGUGUUUCUGGGAUGCAAGAAUGAUAACCCAAGUCAGCUGUAUGCCAUCAAAGUUGUCAAAAAGUCUGACAUAGUACACAAGAAUAUGGUUGAGCAAGUGAUUACAGAGAGGGAUGCCCUAGCCCGGACCAAGAGCCCUUAUUGUGUCCAGCUGUAUUAUUCUCUCCAGACUGUUUCCAAUGUUUACUUAGUAAUGGAAUACUUAAUUGGAGGAGAUUUAAAGUCUCUCUUAGCCAUCUAUGGUUACUUUGAUGAACCAAUGGCCACAUUCUAUGCUGCAGAACUGGGUCUUGCUUUAUACUACUUACACAGUCAUGGCAUAGUACAUCGUGAUGUGAAACCAGACAAUCUUCUUCUUGACAACAAGGGUCACUUGAAGCUCACCGACUUUGGACUUAGCAAAAUAACACUCCAUAAAGAUAUCACUGGAACACCCACUGGAAAUAUACUGACACCCCUAUAUAAGAGGACACCUGGCCAGAUUCUUUCCUUGGCCUCUCAGCUUUCCUUUAGGUCUGAAGACAGUAGCUUCACCCUUGAUAGCCCAGCUGGCAGUGACCAAAGCACCACUAGUAUAGCAAGCAUGAGGCGAGUGUCUACAAGGAGUCAGAGUUUCACCCAGGGGUUACAAAGACUUACUCGCCUGAGGAAACUUGGCGAGCAUACUUCGGAGAUUCAUAGAAGGUUGUUAUAUGACACUAAGGAGGCUGAGGGCGUGGGUUACAGGACAUUGGAGUGCAUAAAGGUCCGACACAAGAUAUUGGGUUCUGCAAGCCUACAAUCCGAGCUACGUGAAUUCAAAUUUGGAGGUUUUGUGUUUUGACGCACAAAAAUAUUUUAUUGUAAACGUGCGUAAGUUGUUGUUUUCAACAGAUAUAAAAUUAAGUAACUAGAAGAAGAUAACACAUAUUUACAAGUCACUAAAAUGCGUGUUUUAUGUUAUUUCAUUCAUAAUUAUUUCUAUGAUAAAACACUUAUGCUAUUGAGGUUUUGUUCAUUAUAUGUACACAAUAUUUACUACAUAUUUCACGAGCAAAGUCGGGCAUUUGCAAAAUAUUCUUUGCACGGCGAGACAUCCUCCGUGAACUGCGGUCAGGUCAGGAAAAGGACCCGUACCCUCGGGAUCCCUAGAGGCUUGGUGGUGGGUGAAGGUCAGUGACUGGGAGGGGUAAAGGUAUGAAAAGUGUCUUGACAAAGUAUGAAAAGCCUCCCAGUCAAAAUGUAGCCACGGCGAUUUUUUUUAAAUCAGCGCCGUAAAUAUACAGAACUGGCACACAGCGUGCACCUACCCGCCUCCGUAAGUAUACGCCACUGGCAUUCUGGGGGUUAAUGCUUUGUACUUUCCUUAUGCAGUAAUACCUCAGUUUACGAGUGCCUUAGUUUAUGAGCAUUUUGGUUUACGACCAAAAAAAAAAUCACUAAAAAUGCCUUGGUUUACAAGCAAUGACUUGGUGUACGAACAUCCUGUUUGUACAAUUCGAAGACGUGAGCGUGGAUUCCCUUUGUUCGCCGCAAGAUGAGAGCGCUCAGAGUGGAAAAGAAUGGGAAUGGGGUCUCAAGCUGGUGUCACACUGGGCCUUUUUCCUCCAACCGCGUUGGCGGUAGGCGCAGCUGGCAACUUUUCUGGGUAUGCGUCACACACAAUCAAGGUUGGUCGCCCGUAUCCACAUCGUAAACAAACCAGUCGCCCUGUAUCCACAUGUUUGCAAGGAAAAGUUAGGAUUGUUGUGGCUUGUGUUGCUGUUACUUGAGUUAUGGACUUGUUGCUACAGGUAAAUGGAAGGAAGAAGCGGUUGUGAGUACGAUCAUGGCUUCAAACAGGGAAGGACAGAAGUUUUUACCCAAACCUCGUCAGAGAACUGUGCUAUGAAGACCGGGAGUCCUACAAUUUUUAUUGAAUGGAGAAAGAAGUGUUUUUUGAACUAUUGGAAAUGGUAGCCGCACUCAUAUCCAAGAAGACACAAGAAUGAGUGAAGAGCAGCAGCAAUUAUGGACCAUUCACUUCUUUUAAAUUCUUUUUGGCAUAGUUUUCAUGUGUGUGGUCCCACGGCAUGGGGUGUUCUCUUAUCUUAUAGACAGAGCAGCUGCCAAUUCACUUUAUGAUUCCACUACUCCUCAGCCACUACCGUUGUCUGUUUGUUUAAAUACAGCCGCAUGGUUGCUCGUAUCCACAAUUGUUUUCCAUCAGUACAGAAAACCAACAACUCUCUCCUAGUUGGGGUACAGGCAACCCCAGUUGCUCCUAGCUCCAACAGUUGGAGGAAAAUGCCCUGUGUGUUUGACACCACCUUCAGUCUGCAUUGUACACACACAGAGGUAGUCCCACUCGCUCGUGUCCACAUACGUUUGUGCUCUACAAUACCCUCCUGAGUUUCGUGCUUGCUUUGUUCCGAAGGUAUAGCGCUAAACUCAGGGUUAUUGAAAACAAUGGAAAAGCACUUGUUGGUUCCGACCAGUGGAGAAACUGACAUUUUUUUCAAUUUUGCUCCCUUGUUAUCUCAAAAUACAUCCCUUGGUAAAAGGAAAAAAAAUGGGAAGUGAGAACGGGUCGUUUUGAAGACCCAGUUGAAGGCGGCUGCCUUACGAUUGGCUGGCAGUUCUGAAAACAUGCUUGUGAUUCGCUGUGAGUCCGAUGACAUCAUCGACGGCGCUCACCCUAUCAGCAGUCUCGCUGCCUGAACCCUUAGAUUACGGCAGUUGUAUAUAUAAGUGUGCUACCACACGCCCCACCCAUACGGGGAUCAUAUACAUAAUCAUCACACUCUACGCUCCCUACGUUUCAAAUAUACCGCCAGUUCUUGACUCAGAAGAAUGGUGGAGGAAUCUGGCAUCUGUACACACUUUCAUUUGUCUCCAGCGCGUGGCCUACCGAAGGUCACAGAUCAUUUUCCACUUUUGUUCGGAAUACAUCUGGCAUGUCUCAUGAUGUGCCAAACAGUUCCUCUGCUCUGAGUGGCAGUAGAGCUCAGGCGAAUCAAAGUGACAGUGACUCUAAUGAUUGCUAUGGUAGUGACAUUGAGAGAGGAGGGAGGGGCAAGUAGGUGAAGAGAGAGAGUGAGAGCGAGUGGGGUGCUUCCACGCGACUCGUCACGGCCACAAGAAAAUGCGCAAUAUUUUCAGCUGUCAUAACUUUUUUAUUAUUAUUAGAAGUGAAGUUUUAUUACACCACCAUAUAUACUAGAUGAAUAUACAAUUAUUGCAAAGAAGAAAGACACCAUUUCCACCUCUUUUGAAUGUCUAAAUUUUCCCGGUGCACAACAUCCAGAGAAAUAUAUCGCCACCCGUACUCUAAGGGUUAAGGCGGUGUCACACUGACCGAUUUCUUCCAACCGUUGGGGGGUUACCGCGGUUGCCCAUAUACCCAACCGGGAGUGAGUUGUCGGUUGUCCAUAAGCUGGUGUCACACUGGGCCUUUUUCCUCCAAUCGCAUUGGCGGUAGGGGCAACCAGCACUCCAAAUCCAGGUGUGUGUCACACACGGCCAAGGUUGGUUGCCCAUAUCCACAAUGUAAACAAAGCAGUCACCCUGUGUCGACUUGGCUCUGCCUGCGAAAGUAAUGAUGAAAUAAAAGCUUUGUUCUGAAGUUAACAGUGAUAGUUAUAUUGAUAGUUCGUUGUUUUUACCGUGGACCCCAGCACGUGUGAACAUGGUGAACAUGGUCACCCAACUGAGGGAGUCUAAAGCUGCUGGUGUCAAAUUAGGCCUUAUUCCUCCAAUCGUGUUGGCGGUAGGGGCAACCACCAACUCCAACUUUUCGGGGUGUGUGUCACACACGGCCAAGGUCGGUUGCCCAUAAACAAAGCAGUCGCUCUGUAUCCACGUGGCGUCGUCUGCUACAGUAUGGGCUGUCACGGCUUGUGCAGCCAUUACCCAAGUUAUAGACAUGUUGCUGCAGUUAAAUGGAAGGAAAAAGCGGUUGUGGGCACGAUUCCUAGUCUGCCCCACGGUCGGUGAGCAGGGUCACGUCAGGCAGUACCCUUCACCAAUAUUGUUCCUGUGUAAUAACUGCUUUAAUACUCACUGCCAAGGUACCCGGCACACUGGUGACUGGAAUGCCACAGCGUAAUUGAUUUUUGUGUUGUGUUCACACCACGCUUCGGCUCCCACGUGUGGCGCGUCUUCUUCUUGUGACCUGUAUGUUAUUUUCGCAUCACAUGUCCUCCUCCUUUCUUCUGCUUAUUCACACUUUCCUUUUCUAUUGCAUCACUAUUGAUUUAAGCAAUCAAAAUUUGUACCUUCAGCAUAUACCGCACAGGGGUAACUUUUUGGCAUUUCCUGAGUGAUAAAAGUGCGCGUUACACACCGCAAAAUAUGGUAUAUUUUAUUCUGGAGACAUCUGGAAACUAUUGUGUCAAACGGAAGUGUUUUGGGUGUUGGUUUCGUGCCAGUAACAAUAACCCCUAGGCAUACCAAAACUUGACCAUCGACGUAUAAGAUGCAGGGUGAUUGUUUUUACUCUUCUUUUUGAAAAAAGUGUAUCUUAUAUGGCGGGAAAUACGGUACUUUUAUUCUGUAUAAAAUAUCAUGUAAAAUGAUUUUUAUGUUAAUAUUUUUUGGGAUAUGGAAUGCAUUAAUGGGAUUCACAUUAAUUUAAAUGGGGAAAUUUAUUUUGGUUUACAAGUUUUUUGGUUUACGAGCAACAUUCCGUAACGAAUUAAACUCGUAAACUGAGGUAUGACUGUAUUUGACUUUGUACUUUGUGACAAUACUUUUGCUGCGUUCCAACCUUGGACGUAUUGUUGUCGCAAUCAGUUUCUUUGCCACUGCUGCCCUCACUGUUUUAAUGCAGCGCUGCACAAGACUGUAGUCAAGAGCCAUAUGAAUUUAUAUUUAUAUGGCUCUGCUCUACUCCAGCUCCCCUGAGGUAUCUUAAUCUUUCAUGCAAGAAUUAAUCAGAAUCGCUGGUAAAUUCUAGAACAGCUUUGCUUGAGUACGCCUGAGUUUUUAACAUCAGAUAUUUCAGAUGAGGUCUUUCCCCCCAAAUAGUCCAGUUUAUAUGGGGUUUACUAUAGUUUUGUUUUCACCAACAUCAGUAUUCAAUUUAACAUAACACUAUUAUAAGUC